AUGGUUUUAAGUUUUAUAAAUGGUCUCACAUACCCUCUCGCAGCCAUGUUUACAGCGCGCAGAAAGAUUCAGAAGGAGAAGGGUCAGGAGCCCGAUGAGUUCGAGGAAACCGUCGCUCAGGCCCUCUUCGAUUUGGAGGCGACGAAUCAGGAGCUGAAGAGCGACCUGCGCGAUCUCUUCAUCAACAGCGCCAAGGAGAUCGACGUGUCGAGCAGCCGCAAGGCCGUGAUCGUGCACGUGCCGUACCGCCUGCGCAAGGCGUUCCAGAAGAUCCACGCGCGCCUCGUGCGGGAGCUCGAGAAAAAGUUCAGCGGCAAGGAUGUAGUGUUGGUUGCCACCCGUCGCAUCCUCCCCAAGCCCCGCAAGGGCUCCAAGGUGGUGCGGCCGCGCACGCGCACGCUGACGGCGGUGCACGAGGCGAUCCUGGAGGACCUCGUCUUCCCCACGGAGAUCGUCGGCAAGCGCGUUCGCUUCCGGUUGGACGGCUCGCGCAUCAUGAAGGUGUACCUGGACCCCAAGGAGCGCAACAGCACCGAGUACAAGGUGGAGACUUUUUCUGCUGCUUACAAGAAGCUCACCGGCAAGGAUGUCGUCUUCGAGUUCCCCAUCACCGAGGCUGCUGCCUAA